AUUCCAUGGCUCUAUAUUCCGGGCAGCUCUACGACACAAUUGUCUGUUUCGGGGACAGCUUGACGCAGCACGGCUGGGACGUCACAAAGCAUGGCUGGGUCGCACAACUGUCGCAGGCAUACCUGCGGCGACUUGAUGUGGUGAACCGCGGAUUCAGCGGAUUCAAUAGCAAGUGGGUGCGGGUCUUGUUUGACCAGCUCCUGCCAGUAAACCCAGCAAUCAACGAUCCCAACAAACCGCAGGAUGCCCCCAAGACACCGGCCAACGAGCCUCAGGAAGCCGAGCCAGACAUGCCUUCUGUGGCAGAUUCAACGUGCAGCACACGCAGGUCUAAGCUCCGCCUAUUCACAAUCCUGCUGGGUGCCAAUGACGCCCAGCUUUCCCCACUCAAGCAACAUGUCCCAUUGGACGAGUUCCAGGCGAAUAUCGAGUACUUUGUGCGGUCGCUGACCUCGCCUACCUCACAGUUCUAUUCGCCCGAUACGCGCAUUAUCCUGAUCACACCACCGCCAGUAGGCGAAAAGCUGUGGAAGGAGCGGCUGGCCAACGAUGGGAUCGAUGGGCUUGAUCGGCGUAAUGACAAUACCAAGAAAUAUGCUGACGCGGUCAAGGCUGUGGGCGAAAGGUUUUCGGUCCCAUGCAUUGAUCUGUGGACGGCUAUUGAGGACAAGGUCAGCGAAUAUGGUGGGUAUGACACAUACUCGUGGGAUGGGGUACACCUUAAUGCCAAUGGAAACGAUCUGCUGUUUGGGCUUUUGAUGGCCGCGAUCAGGGAGAACUUCCCAGAGCUUGAUCCAGAUAGCAUGCCGUUUGUGGUCCCUGACCAUCGGUCAUUCACUGGCAGUGAGGAUUUCGGCCAGCUCUUCCGGCUGUAAAGCUUCAGGUAUUGCACAGCUACACAUUCCGUGUAUGCUAGCAUGCUGGGUCCUAAUGGGAGGCUUGCUCGUUCCAAAGCGAUGGGCAAUUCCCCGGUUGAAGAGCAGUCUUUGUUU